AUGCCCGCCAUGGACCCUACUGCCAGUUCUUCGUCGAGGUCGUGCCCCAAGACAAACACACUCACAACCUAUCUCCGGCUAUUACGGCAAUGCAAGCCAACUCUUCCCUAUGGCGAGCUCGUCUGCGUCUCUGCAUCCCCGAAUAUCAGUACUAUGAGUUCGCUGCUACGCCUCGCUCGAACAGUUGGCCCUUACAUCGGUGUACUCCAGGUCCACGCCGAUAUCAUUGACGACUGGUCGCUGGAAGGCGUACGCAAACUAGCUCGUCUCGCAAAGAAACAUGCGUUUAUUAUCUGGGAAGGAGGGCGGGUAUUGAACACGCAGCAGCGGCUGAGCAACCGAUUUCUUACCCCAGACGAGGUGUCGCGAGAUAUAGAUAUGUCAAGGAAACGGUACACAAAAGGUGUUGUGAGCGUCGCAGCAUGGGCCGGAUUAGCGAGCACAUGGAUGAUUGAUUCGCCUCAGCAAGGGAACGGAGCUGAUCGACUGAUCCCAACCCUUCGCCGCGCCGCAAAGGAGACCGUUGCAUUCAUGACAAAGUCCGUCCGUACAGAGAUCAGCAGUAGCGGUGGAAGCAUGCCUUCAAACGAAACCCCAGCUGAAGAGGAGCAUGAAUAUACCAUGGAACUCGAUGAGGCCCUCCGAGUUUCUGCCAACGAUGGGCUAUCUGUCUCCCAUUCUCCACGAAAAGCAUCGGUUAUAUCACUCACACAGACAAUAACCCAAAGCACAGAGCCCUCUACGCCCUCUGCAGUUGAGGUCGAUGACAACCCCCUUUCAGAUGCAGAAGAUGAGCUAGCGGAUGAGGAUGAGCGACCUGCGCCAUCUCUACCCGAGCCCCCUCUCCUGUCACGGGGAUUAAUCAUCUCUGCUCCCCGAGACGACGACGAACGAUUCACAGUUGAAUACCGGGUGGCGGCUUUUGAAAGCGCUAAGACCAACGCAGACUUCGUCGUAGGCUUUUCAACCGAUGAACCAUGGAUAGAAAUCUGCACCCGCUCAUUGUGCUCCGAGGCCACAGCUGAGCUGUCUGCGACGGUUGCUGCACGCACAAGAAACUCAGACGAUGAGAAUGAACACCCCUGUAAGGAAGAAGCCGAAUCCACGGUUGAUGAAGAACGACGGACGUUUGUGAUUUUCAACCCACUAGAAACCGACCACCUUACACGCUUCGCAAGGGACAGCGACAAUGGUUUCGGUCACUCCUCUACUCCUGCCCCCGCGACAAACGGUGCUCCCCUUCAAAGUCCUCGUCUAGAUAUCAACACCGCUACCAUGAGUAACUCUCGUUCUAGGCGAGAAUCACAACAGAUCUCGGGUUUACAGCAGUUAAUUGCUAGCGCUGUUGCAAUCAGGAAUUCUCGAAUAAGCCCGGAGAAUGGGCUUUCGCCUGGUGUGCAGGCACGAUAUGGUGGAUUCGACGUUAUGUUCGUUCCCGUCAUUACUAUGAACGUAUGA